GGAGAUGGGACUGGGUGUAGGUUUUGCCUUGUUUGUAUUCACUCACAAGAUGUGGAAAGAGUUUUACACCUGCUACAAAACCUUGCUGUUAUUCUCUUUCUCUAUCUCAAAUAUUACAUAAUAAUAAACAAUUAAUAUUGUUGUUGAGGAAAAAAUAACUUCCUUUUUCCCUUUGGUCUUCUAAUUUUCAUCCCCUGAAGCGUUCAGAAAGCGAUAUUUUAUGAUAAAAUUAUAAAUCCUCUCUCCAUUCUGUGUGUGUUUGUGUGUCAGAAGAGAGGCAGCAAUAAGGGUAAUCAUAGCAAAAGCUAAAAAGAGAGCAAAAGUGAGAGAUACAUAAUAGAUUGGUUUACAGAAAUGAAUGGUCUUGUUGAACCAGAUUACUCUGACUCUGAGUUUGUUGAAGUCGAUCCAACUGGGAGAUAUGGCAGGUACAAUGAAAUCCUCGGCAAAGGAGCCUCAAAGACAGUUUACAGAGCAUUUGAUGAGUACGAAGGGAUUGAAGUUGCUUGGAACCAGGUCAAGCUUUAUGAUUUCCUGCAAAGCCCUGAAGAUCUUGAGAGGCUUUACUGUGAAAUUCAUCUCUUAAAGACAUUGAAGCACAAAAACAUUAUGAAGUUCUACACUUCCUGGGUUGAUACGGCAAACAGAAACAUCAAUUUUGUGACCGAAAUGUUCACUUCUGGGACUCUUAAGCAGUACAGGCUAAAGCACAAGCGAGUUAACAUCAGAGCAGUUAAGCAUUGGUGUCGGCAGAUCUUGAGAGGGCUUCUAUAUCUACAUAGUCAUGAUCCUCCUGUGAUCCAUAGAGAUCUCAAGUGUGACAACAUCUUUAUCAAUGGAAACCAAGGGGAAGUGAAGAUAGGUGAUCUUGGUUUAGCAGCAAUCUUAAGGAAAUCACAUGCCGCUCACUGUGUUGUAGGGACACCAGAGUUCAUGGCUCCAGAGGUGUAUGAAGAGGCAUAUAAUGAGCUAGUUGACAUUUAUUCAUUUGGGAUGUGCAUUUUGGAAAUGGUCACUUUUGAAUAUCCAUAUAGUGAAUGCACACAUCCUGCUCAGAUCUACAAGAAAGUUGUUUCUGGUAAAAAACCAGAUGCUUUGUACAAAGUAAAAGAUCCUGAAGUACGACAAUUCGUUGAGAAAUGCUUGGCAACUGCAUCUUUGAGGCUCUCUGCAAGGGAGCUUUUGAAUGACCAAUUUCUCCAAAUCGAUGAAUGUGAUCAUGAUUUGAGACCAGUAGAUUAUGGCAGGCAGAUAGAUGACAUGGGCCCUCUUUUAAGGCAGCCUCUUUUUGAGCUUCAUCGAAGCAACAGUUCCUUUAGUAAUGGAUACUCAAAUGGUUUUGGUUAUGAUUCCCAAAAUGAAUGGGGGUAUCAUCCUGUUGACGCCGAGUCAAGUGGAAUUGAACUCUUUGAGCACCAUGACGAUGAACAUUCUGAAGAUGUUGACAUAAGUAUUAAAGGGAAGAGAAGAGAAGAUGGUGGCAUCUUUUUGAGACUUAGAAUUGCAGAUAAAGAAGGUCGUAUCCGGAACAUCUAUUUCCCAUUUGACAUUGAGACCGAUACAGCAUUUAGUGUGGCAACCGAAAUGGUUGCAGAGUUGGAUAUCACAGAUCAGGAUGUAACCAGAAUAGCAGAUAUGAUUGAUGGGGAAAUUGCUUUGUUGGUACCCGAUUGGCAGCCAGGGCCAGGAAUAGUGGAAACACCCCGAUAUGCUAACCAAGGCUUCUGUCACAAUUGUGCUUCCAAUCACACCUCUAGUGGUUCCAUGAUGGAGUUUCUGUCAAACCACCCUAGUGCCAAGAACUUGCAAGUUCUUCAAUGUUGUAAACAAGGAUGUGCUUCAAUGCAUGGCCGUUUUGAGGAGGUUACAUACCAAGCCGAUGAGUCUGAGCAUCAUGUGACAGAGGGUGCACCAAAUGAAUCAAGCCAAUCGGACUGCCUUCAUUACCAAGAAAUUUGGGGACAGCACGAAAGUCGCGAACUUAGUUCAAUAGGCUCUGGACAGAGUCAUUCUGAUGGAGAAUAUGAAAAAUUGGAUCAGUUAGUCACGGUUGAGGAUGAGCAAGAUCUUGAAUUGGAAAGCAAUCCGGCAUCCCAUGCAGGAAAUUCUACAAAAAAUUUAUCCGGUUCACAUUCUUUUUCUGUGAUCCCUUCAACUUACCAUGACCUCUCAGACACUCAUGAGAAUGAAAUUCAGGAGUUUAGAUGGCUCAAAGCAAAGCACCAAAUGGAGCUGAGGGAACUUAGAGAUCAGCAGAUAAGACUUGUCUCAAAAUCUUCAGAUAAUGGAAGUAAAGAACAUGAAUUAGCUAACGGGGUCUUGUCAUCUUUGGUAUCAAGCACAUUACAAGGACUCAACAAUGUGAUGCUCUCAAAAUCUUGUGCUUAUGAUCAAAGAAAUUUAAGUCCCAAUUUCCAUGCUAAUCUCAAUAAGAGCUGCGAGGUGAUGGUGUCUCCUAAUGCUGAGGAUGAGGUCACUGGCAAGAGUUUCUGCACAGGGUCAUUGCUUCCUCAGUCUCUUCGCAGGACAGUUUCUCUCCCAGUUGAUGCAGUUGAUGUAUAAACUUGCAAGGCACAAAAUGUUUUCUUUUAGACAAGUUCAAUACACUUGCAUAAGCUGUAUCUUUGUAUGGUUACCAAGGUCAUCCCUUUUUCACCAAUGGGAUGUGGCUCUCCGGGAAACUGGGAUGAUGUGUAAUGUAUUUAGUAAUUAUGCGUAAUUAUACAUAUGAGGGGAAAAUGCAAGUUUUGAGGCCUAUAAA